AUGGAAAAUUAUUUGGAAGCUGGUAGUUCAUCUCAAGGGGUUUCAUAUACAAUGCAACAAAGGUUCGAUGACUUUCAGAAAGAUGAUAAGCAAGUGAAAAUUUCCACAUUAGAGGCGCAAAGUGACAUCGAGAUUGAUAAUGAAAUAGAUCUUAAAACCAUUUUUCCGAGCAGUAUGCAUCCAUUAACCAUCCUUGAAGACAUCAGUUACAAGUUACGUGUUUAUUCCCCAAGAUACAAAUUUAAUCAAGCAGGAGGAAACUCUGGAGAGAUUACUUGUACUCUUAAUUUCCUAAAUAAGUCAUGGUCUUCACAUCCGGCACUUACUACGAUUCUAGGGGCAAAGGAAGAUGUAGCAAGGAUGGCGUUUAAUGAUAUUAUGGAAAACAUGGAACCAAAUUUACGGGAGAGACUUGUCAAAUCAUUAAAAGUUCAAAAAAAUAAGUACAUGAAUACACGUCCUCAAAAGAAGAGACUUCAAAAGAAUCACUUAAAAGAACAAAAGAAGGCAACUUCCAAAGAAAGCAUACAACCAAAGGAUCAGAAUCAAAAUCAACGAUCAAAGAAGAAAUUUAUCGGAAACAAACCAAGAAGCUUUAGUUGGCUUAACCACCAAGCAUCCAUAGGAAGGCAAAAUCCAAACAUAAACCUUAAAUGCCCAUGUCACAUGUUGAAAGAAUUUUGUAAAUUUCAAAACCUUGCUGAACCUGUUUAUGAUACUCAGAAAGUAUUUGAUUCAUUUAUUGGGAAGGUAUCGAUUGGUGACUUUCAUCAAGAAGCUGAUUGUGUGGCACGAAUAUUUAGCGUUAAAUAG